CGCUCGGGGCUUGACCAUUAGAGAAACUCACAGAGAGAGGGACGGAUAAAGGAAGAGAGGGAGGAGGUGACCGCGCUUCUCUUCUCCAGGAAUACCGCGCAGAAGAACACGGGCUGUGGCGCGCGCAGAGAGUCGUGUUUUUCCUCGCUGGACUCGCAUGGACGCUCGCCGGGGCAGGACUCCCGUGGGGUCACGGAGCACGGGCUCUUGAGCUGCACGCCGGGGACAUAUCUGACAGCGAGCGCUUCGGGCAGUUUCGAGGAUUCGUGCGACUCUCUUUUGCGCCGGAAUUCAAGGCCUCGCUGUGGAUCACAGACAUGGCGGACAGUGAAGACACCUUUCGGCUCCAAAACUCUCCCAGUGACACAGACUCAAAAGAUUUACCAAACGAUGGGAAAACAGAGAAACAGAGCGGAUCUGUUAAUAAAUCCCCAUCAUCACAGACUACCUACAUUCAACAGGGAAUGGAAGGGAUAAAGGUUUACUUGCACGAGAGAGAGUUAUGGACGAAGUUUCAUGAAGUGGGAACCGAAAUGAUCAUCACUAAAGCCGGGAGGCGGAUGUUCCCAAGCUUCAAAGUGAAGGUCACUGGGUUGAACCCAAAAACCAAAUACAUUCUUCUGAUGGAUGUCGUGCCAGCCGACGACCACCGAUAUAAAUUCGCCGAUAACAAAUGGUCUGUGACGGGGAAAGCGGAGCCUGCGAUGCCGGGGAGGCUGUACGUUCAUCCCGAUUCUCCGGCCACCGGCGCGCACUGGAUGAGACAACUGGUGUCUUUCCAGAAGCUGAAACUAACCAACAACCACCUGGAUCCCUUCGGACACAUUAUCCUGAAUUCCAUGCAUAAAUACCAGCCCCGGAUUCACAUCGUGAAAGCAGACGAAAAUAACGGCUUCGGCUCCAAAAACACGGCUUUCUGCACACACGUGUUCCCGGAGACGGCCUUCAUCGCGGUCACGUCCUACCAGAACCACAAGAUCACCCAGCUGAAGAUCGAGAACAACCCCUUCGCAAAAGGCUUUCGCGGAAGUGACGACAUGGAGCUCCAUCGCAUGUCGAGAAUGCAGAGCACCAAGGAGUAUCCGGUGGUCCCUCGCAGUACCGUACGCCAGCGGGUCGGCACCAGCCAGAGCCCGUUCUCCGGUGACGUCCAGGGCCUGUCGGCCCCCAGCGGCAUGAGCUCUCAGUACUCCUGUGAGAACGGGGUCACCAGCACAUCUCAGGAUCUGCUGCCUCAGUCCAGCUCUUAUCCUCUGCCCCACGAACACAGCCAGGACUAUCACUGCAUCAAGAGGAAAGUUGAGGACGACUGUCACGCGGGAGAACACUCGUACAAGAAGACCUACGUGGAAAGCUCUUCCAGCGAGGACGAUCACUACUAUCGGCCCGUGAGCUACUCUCAGUCCCUGGGUCUCAGCGGCGCCCCCUACAGGCCCGAGUCCGGCCAGCGGCAGGCCUGCAUGUACGCCAGCGCGUCUCAGUCCAGCGAGCCCGUGCCCAGCCUGGAGGACAUCAGCUGUAACACCUGGGCAGGCGUCUCUCCGUACGCCGGCUGCUCGGUGACCGCCAUGCAGCAGAUGGAGCGACUGCCCUACCAGCACUUCUCCGCUCACUUCACCUCAGGACCUCUGGUGUCCAGACUGAGCGCCGGCCAUGCCUCGCCGCAGCUGGGAGACGCCCACAGCAUGUACCAGGGAUCCAUGGCCCAUCAGCCUCUGGGCCGCCAGUGCAGUCCAAGCGCGGGGAUCCAGUCUCCGACCGCCGGCCUGCAAGGAAACGAGUACUUGUACACUCACAGUAUACCUCGCACGCUGUCUCCGCACCAGUACCACGCCGUGCACAGCGUCAGCAUCAUGCCCGACUGGAACGAGGGCAGCUAACUGGAUUCUCUCGUGUAGGGCCCCGACGCGGAGGAGAGGCGCUUUCCUGCGUAUUUAUAACUUUGCGGCGUGGGCGACUUGUGUCGUAAACAGUUUGUGGCCGGUUCGGCUGGUCGAGGCAGCAGUGAACGUCUCAGUGUUUGAGCAGGACGGUAUCGUGAGACGAGGAGAGACGCCGACUGUAUAUCAGGGACAAAGAACUUCUCCCCUUCCAGGCGAGGACAAAUGCAGGAUGCCAACUGUUUUAUCGACAAAACUUUUAUAAAAAAAAAAAAAAAAAAAAAAAAAAAAAAAAAAAAAAAAAAGAAGAAGGUGUCAAGAGUAAAACCAAUCCAGUUUUAUAAUAUUUUUUCUAGGGGCGCAAAAAGAUUAAUCGCAAUCAAAAUAAAAGUGCACGUUUACAUAUUAUGUGUGUGUAUACUGUGUAUAUUUAUUAUUUACAUAUACACAUACGCAUACAUAUAUAUUAUUUAUAUCAUAU